ACGGGAAAUACUAAAUUCUAAAGCAUGUUCUGAAAGUCUCCUGGUGUGUAACUCUUCAGGAGGAUCUUCAGGAGCAUGUUUAGCAUUUCUUAGGGUUUUAUCAGGAGCAUUGUAUCAUCUGUGACCCUUGAGGCUGGAGGCAUCUCAUGGUGCAGCUUCAGCUGCCUCUGAACAGUGGUAACCUGUUAGAGGAGACAGAUGUGAUUAAUAUCUGGUGUCUGGCCACAUAAAUUCAGGGUGCUGACUUUUCUGUAAUCAUCUUUAUGUAAUAAUACCAUUUAGAAGUAUAUAGCUUAACCAGGGCAGGCAUCUGUGUAGUGAUUUUUGGUGUGGUGUCUAUAAAUAGAGGUAAAUUCUGUAUAUAAAACCUAUGUGAAACAGUUGGGGUUUUUUUCCCCUCAGUGACAGGGAUACGCAGGUAUGAAUCAAAACAGGUGGUAGGAAAGGCUUUGGCCAGAAGUGUGAUGCACUAAAGGUUUCUCCCUAGCAUGUGCACCUGAGGUAGUAACAGUGGUUGAAGGCUUUUCUGUUUUGUCAUCUCACCUUUGUUCAGCCUCAACAUUGCCAGGGUCCAGCCUCAGCUUCCAUUUUUAGCUGAGCAUGGGCAGUUGAAAAAUACCUGUUUUUUAGAGAAAAUAGUAGACCACUGUGACUAUUGUUUUGCUGGUCUUCAUCUUUCUAGCUCUGCUUUAUUUUUUAAAGCUCUUGUAUAAAAAUCUACUGUUGAUGUAAUGGAAGUUGUUCUACGGCAACCAGAACUAAUCGCAUAAACCAUACGGCUUUUUAACUUCUGAUGUAUUUGGCCUUUAAAAAAAAGAAAAGCCUACUUACUUCUCUGCUAGGCAAACCUUACUUAUGACUUGAAGUGCUGCUAAUUAGAAACUGGGAUUCACUUAAUGCCACAAACAGUGUUUAAGAGUGUUUGGAUUUAAAAUCUUUACUGUGCUUGGUGAAUUAAGUAAGUUUAUUGAAAGGUAGAUGGCUCCCAUGUACUGCAUAUUAACAAAUGGAACCACUCAGUUUGCUGAACUGAACAACUGUCUUCAGUUUUGCUUUCUUUCAGGACUGUAAAGAAAGAGCAGAUUUCUUUUUCCAACGUUACGUAAUUGUUCUCUUAAUCUGAAUGUAUUUUAAGACAAACUUACGUUUCUUUAAUAGGCAUAGAGCCCUGUUUCCUGAAUUUACGGAUUUCUUAGGUUUUGAGUGCAGUAACUGCUGAGCUAUUUUAAUAAUCUGAAGUUUAAUACUGUCUCUGAGGCUAAUAGUCAAAAACUGUAUUGGCUUUUUUAAUGGUACUAGUGAUUCUUCAGUAAGUAGUUCACUAUUUUACUAAGUAGUUGAGCAUUUUACAACUUUUUUUGAUACUAUUCACAGUUUGAAUUCUAUAUUAAUAUGCCAGUUUAAUGUUAAAGUACAGUGUUUAGGCUAGAGACUGGUUUUUAAGAAACUAUUUUUUUUCCUUUGGUAUAAUUAGCUAUAUCCUUUAUUUCUUUCAGGUCAGGUAGAAGUGUAAAUAAAAGGACGGCAACUCCAAACUAACAUGGCAGUCAGACUGUGUGAUGUGGCUUCUCUGCUUAGAAGUGGUUCGUGGGCAGCAGAGCCUUGGACUGGGCAGGUAAUUGCUGCCAUGGAAACACAACUGUCUAAUGGACCACCUUGCAAUAACACAGCCCAUGGUUCAACCACCAUAAACAAUUGCUCAUCACCAGUUGAUUCUGGGAACACAGAAGACAGCAAGACCAAUUUAAUCGUCAACUACCUUCCACAGAACAUGACCCAGGAGGAACUGAAGAGUCUCUUUGGCAGCAUUGGUGAGAUUGAAUCCUGCAAGCUUGUCAGGGACAAAAUAACAGGGCAGAGCUUGGGUUAUGGUUUUGUGAACUACGUUGAACCGAAGGAUGCCGAGAAAGCUAUCAACACUCUGAAUGGAUUGAGACUUCAAACUAAAACCAUAAAAGUUUCCUAUGCGCGACCAAGCUCAGCUUCUAUCAGAGAUGCAAAUUUAUAUGUUAGUGGACUUCCAAAACCAAUGACCCAGAAAGAACUCGAACAGCUCUUUUCCCAAUAUGGACGCAUUAUUACUUCUCGUAUUCUGGUUGACCAAGUCACUGGAGUAUCAAGGGGUGUGGGGUUUAUCCGGUUUGACAAGCGAAUUGAAGCAGAAGAAGCUAUCAAGGGCUUGAAUGGCCAGAAACCUCCAGGUGCCACAGAGCCCAUCACUGUAAAGUUUGCUAACAAUCCAAGCCAAAAAAACAAUCAGGCCAUCCUUUCCCAGCUGUACCAUUCUCCAAACAGAAGAUAUCCAGCACCUCUAGCUCAGCAGGCUCAACGUUUCAGGUUGGACAAUCUGCUCAACAUGGCUUAUGGAGUAAAGAGUAGGUUUCCUCCAAUGACCAUUGAUGGAAUGACCAGUUUGGCUGGAAUCAAUAUCCCUGGGCAUGCAGGAACUGGAUGGUGCAUUUUUGUCUACAACUUGGCCCCUGAUGCUGAUGAGAGUAUCCUCUGGCAAAUGUUUGGACCCUUCGGAGCAGUAACCAAUGUGAAGGUCAUCCGUGAUUUCAACACCAACAAGUGCAAAGGUUUUGGAUUUGUGACUAUGACAAACUAUGAUGAGGCAGCUAUGGCAAUAGCCAGCCUGAAUGGAUACCGCCUUGGGGACAGAGUAUUGCAGGUCUCCUUCAAAACAAACAAAACGCACAAAGCCUAACAAGUUAUUCUCAGUGCAUUAAUACAUGAAAUCUAUACAACAAAGGCAAUUUACAAGAAGCUUUAUGCAUUAGUAAAUGCCUUUGUUGUAUGCCAGUGUGGAAAUGGGGAUAAAAUGUCUACUUAGCAUCCUAAGAAUAUGUGAGAUUUUUUAUUGCUAAUAUUUGAAUUAAAACUUCUUAAAUAUCUUUUGUUUGAAUAUUGACAAGAGGUACAGGGUUUUUACCUGUCACGAUGCAUAUUCUAUUGCCUUCUUUGAAGAAGGUAGACCUUUUAAGAUGUUUCAGCUAAGGGAAGAAGUUUUUUCCUUUUACAUGACUGCCUUUGGCCUAUGAGUAAAUACUGAGGCUUUGUGUUAAGUUGGUUUUUUGUGUUAUUUCUUGAUUUGCCUUAUGUUUAAUUUACGUAUUAAUGCAUUGCUGUUUUGUUGUUCAAGAAAAAUAUUUGAAGUUUAAUUUAUGAAGUUAUAAGCAGUAUUUAUUUUGUAACUAUCAUUUGGGUUGGGGAAUGGGAACACAUUCUAAAAGCUUAUUGUAAGAAUACUGGAGAACUUUUCGUAAAGCAGUACCUUGCCAAAGAGAUAAGAGCCUCUUUGAUGUGGGUUUAAAAAAGCAUCUAUUUUUAUAAAAAAAAAAUAAAAAAAUUUGGAGAAACUUUUUACUGGUCCUGGAACAAAUAUUUUGACUUGAAUACUUUGAGAAAUCUCUUCAUAUGACACCUAGUGAGCUUUUAAAACUUACCAGGAAAUUUGCAAUUGUUGGGGAAAAUUUAGAAAGAUUUAUGAUGUAGAAAUACUUUUGAGAUCUUUGUAUUAAGAAGUAGAGUCAAUGGGAUGCACUGUUGAUUUCAUUUUUGUAAUCAUCAGUGGAGUCUUUGAUCAUCCUGGUUAUUAAGUGAUAGGUGGCUCACAGUAAUUUGUGAUUUUGAAACAAAUGAAAAUUUUAAAAAAAGAAUAUAAGAGCAAGCAGGAAACUUAAAAUACUGAGAGAUGGGGGAAAAAAUCUGUUCUUCCUAAAGAAUUCCCUUCAGAUAGAGCUCAUGGUGUUUAGUGAUGUACUUGCUAUUGUUUGAAGAAUUGUUUUGUCUUAAAAGACAUUGAGCAUGGUUUGCACAGCAGCAAAUCAGCAGAAGAGGCCUGAGUUGGGUAUAUUUGGAGGUAUUUUGAAAGUUAUGCUUAAGGCUAACACCUGAGCUUUGUGUAAUGUAAAUAAGACGAGUUAUGAACUUUUCAGCCGAUUUUGACUUUAGUUUAUUAAGUCACAUGCCAAGUGAUGUUCAAUUUUGAAUGUUUUUGUAUGAGUUUUUUCUUUGUAAAUGGCAUUAACAUUGUUACUUGAGGUCUGCUUAUUCAUUUUUGUUGUCCUGAGGACUUGAAUUUACAGUGCAUCUGAUCUGUUGCUAUUUUUGUCUGUAGAUAGUCUAGCUUCAGCUGUUUAUGGUGAUGCUACAUUUUUGUUUAUAAAUAUGUUUGUGGUAAAAAAAGAAUAUAAUCAUAGGUUUUGAACAAAUUUCCUUACAUUUUUCAUACAAAACCCAUAAAUACCUGUAUGCUAUUGAAAUUUAACUUUGUAUGAUGCUUAAAUCACUAUUUGGGGAAAUAGGAAAAGUCUUUACCAUGUAUUGAAGAAAUUUAAGAAAAAAAAUACAGAAUAUUUUCUGAUUAGCAUCUAGCUUAUAAUUAAAUUUUUAAAAAAAAGCUGAGGGUCUGAUGCCUUCACCAGGAUGCACUGACAACUAUGUAGUUACAUCCUGCUUUUUGUAUAAACUGAGAUGCUCAUAUGCUUCCCCUUAGAAAAAGCAAUGUUCUAUGCAUAACAUAGUUGUACACUAUCUUUGCAGUUGCUUUUGGUUCUUAUUCUUUUGAAUUGUAGUUAUAAAUUUUUCAGUAUAGUACAGUACAUAUCCUGUGAAGCGCGUGCUAAAGUGAAUAAGCGAGUUUUCAUGCUGACCCACUCAAUGCUAUUCAAAAAUCAAUUGGCUUCCUGAGCACUUCCUCAUUCUUAGGUGCAUUUAGAUUGUUAAAGCUAAUCCUCUGCAUUAAAAAUUGUAUAUACUAUAGAAGUCACAAACUUUCCAAUGUGGGGAAAACAGUAGCUACAUGCUUCUUUCCUAUACUACUGUAGCAACUAACGGCAUUGAUGAGAAGGCAUGUAAAUUGGGCUUCACUUUACAGUGUUUAUCAGAGCACUUAGUAAAAUAUAAGGCUGGUAUUUAUUUGAAGCUGUAUAGUAUGACUUAAUUCACAUCUGUUGGAAUAGAAAAUAUAUUCUGUUGAGUAUUUAAGAGGUUGUACAUGUUUUCUUUUGUGUUUGGAUCCUUUGUACUUUUUCAUGUUCAGUACAUCAAUAAACAAAGUUGAAGGGAAAA